GACCAUGUUGGCAGGGGGAAAAAAAAAAAAGCAGCACGGCACGGCCAUGUUCUCCUGUUUUUCAAAGAAGGCAAGGCGACUUAAAAAAAUUAUUUUCCAGCUAAAACCACAAAGAACGUCCAUUCCUGUCUCACCUUGCACUAUUGAAUCAGCUUUCACAGUUCACAGUCCAUACAUAGUCAUCGAUUCUAUUUCCUUCUCAAUCCGCAGUAACAUACACCCAUCAAGGGAAAAGGUUUCGGCUUUUUUUCUCCCAUAUAUCAUUCCUCCACAUCACGUUCCUUCUCUUCACUCUGUUCGAGAUUUAUUCUCAGACCUUGCGAAUCCUUUCCUCAGUAUCUCUUCUGUUUCAAAGAUUCUGGGUUCUUGUUCAAGACCCAGAAAACCGUGAGUCUAUUCUAGUCUAAAUUGAAAGUUGUUCACGUCUUCGUCAACCGUUCGAGAAAAUGACUGUAGAAACCAGAAAGGAUGAACCCAGAGGACAAUUUCCUGUAGGAAUGCGUGUUCUUGCUGUUGACGACGACCCAACUUGUCUCUUGGUGUUGGAAACUCUCCUUCGGAGAUGCCAAUAUCACGUAACAACUACCAACCAGGCAAUAACAGCUUUGACGAUGUUAAGAGAAAACAAGAAUAAGUUUGACCUGGUUAUCAGUGAUGUUCAUAUGCCUGACAUGGACGGAUUCAAGCUUCUUGAGCUUGUCGGUCUUGAAAUGGACCUACCUGUCAUAAUGUUGUCUGCAAAUGGCGACACCAAGCUGGUGAUGAAGGGGAUUACGCAUGGUGCUUGUGAUUAUCUUCUGAAACCUGUUCGAAUUGAGGAGCUAAAGAACAUUUGGCAGCAUGUAAUAAGGAGGAAGAGAUUUGACUCAAAGGAGAAAAACAACACUUGUAAUCAAGACAAGACUCAUUCUGGUGCUACCAACAACGGAUUAGGUUCAGCAGGAGCUGGGAAUACUGAUCAAAAUGGAAAGCUCACCAAGAAGAGGAAGGAUCAAGAUGAUGAAGAUGAUGAUGAGCAUGAGCAUGGUCAUGACAGCGAUGAUCCUUCAACACAGAAGAAGCCUCGCGUUGUUUGGUCUGUUGAGCUCCACCGAAAGUUUGUUGCUGCUGUUAAUCAAUUAGGCAUUGACAAGGCCGUGCCUAAAAAAAUUCUGGAUUUGAUGAAUGUUGAGAAACUCACAAGGGAGAACGUGGCAAGCCAUCUUCAGAAAUAUAGGCUGUAUCUGAAGAGAAUUAGCUGUGUGGCGAACCAGCAGGCUAAUAUGGUGGCAGCCUUAGGCAGCGCUGAUGCAUCCUAUUUGAGAGUGGGAUCUCUGGGUGGGAUUAAGCAUCUUCAGCCAUUGGGUGCUUCUGGACAGUUUCAGAACAAUGUUUAUCGAUCCCUCCCAUAUAGUGGGAUGAUUGGAAGGCUGAAUACUCCUGCUGGUCUUGGUGUUCAUGGGUUGCCUUCAUCAGGAAUUCUUCAGAUGGGUCAUGCGCGGAAUUUAAACAACAGCAGCUCCAUGAAUGAUCCUCUCAAGUUCCAGCCAUCCAUGGCUCAUGUCAAUCAGAAUCAGAAUGGCGGUUCACUUCAGGGCAUGCCAGUGUCUGUAGGUCUUGACCAAUUACAACCCAAUAAGGUUGUCAGUUCUGUUCAAGGUCCUGCCACUGGUUUUGAUGAUAAAACAAUGUCUCUCAUCUCAAACAAGUUGCCUGAUCCAAGAGCAAGAGUAAGCUCUAGUUGCUCUGCACCUCCACUUGUGGGUAUCACAACCAAUUGCUUGUUGUUAGAACCAAAUUCUCAAGACACGCAAUGUGGGAGAGGGUAUGAGAAUCUUGCUUCAGUAGCCUCUCAACAUUCAGAAUUUUCUUUGCCUUUGAUGGAUGACCAUAAUGGUAGGUGUAGUGAUAAUUGGCCAAGUGCUGUGCAGUCAUCUGGGAUGCCCACUAAUUCUUGCCCAACAAAUGAUUGUCAUCAUGGAGGGAAUCCAAGUGGUGCUUCUUCCAUCACUUCACUAUCCACUCGGUCCCACGGUUCAUUGGCAGAUAUGCAAUCCCAUGGACCCAUUUUUACUAAUAACAACACACCAAAUGUGGCAUAUCAAGGGUGGGAUGAGCAUUCAUUGGACUCUCUGAUUCCUAUAAAUGGUGCUGUUGGUGCAUCAGGGUUCCACAGAAACUUGGACUAUAGUUUUGAAAAUCCCUUGGAAAUGAAGCACGAGGGGAUCACAAAAUCGGCCGAAAAUCCGUCACUGAAACCAAAUCAAGGAUAUAUCAUGGACCCCCAUAAGGCGCAACAGAGUCGCACCUCUAAUAAUCUGGGUUCAUUGGAGGACUUGGUCAGUGCAAUGAUGAAACAGGAGCAAGACUUCAUAUGUGAUGAUUUCACUGGCGGAACGUGUCUGUGAUGGAGCAAAGUUUGGCAGUAUAAGCAUCGUGCUUGUUGAGUUUUGUAGGGUGAAGUUCAAAUCAGCGUUUCCUUUGUUUCUACUUUCGUCUCAGAAAGGUCCUUUUUCACUUAUGUGUAGCUCUCUUUAGAUUAUUACUUCCGGAUGGUAUUUUCGUUUUAUGGAAACGCAUAGUUGGCUAUGGGCCCCACAAUCCACUCUGGUGUUAAUCAUGUCGUUUGCGGAGACAAGCUUUGAUAGUAAAUUUUUGCAAGGGAUCCAUAAAUAAGAUGAUUAAGCUGAAUUAAAAAAUGGGAAUGAAGGUGUAGUCCUAUUGUAGGGCAUUUCUGUACCUGUAUGUAAGAUGUUCCAAGGAGCCUUGUGCAUCAGAAAUAAAGAUAUUGUAAUGUAUUCACUAUCAUUAGUUCUCUUUUCAUUCAA